CGUCGUCCGUAGUGUUAUAAAGAUGGCGGAUCUUCAUCAUCAUCAUGUUCAUCAUCAUCUGUGUUUCUGUGAUUUCAUGAGGUUGCUGUGGUCCCUGGCGGCUCCCUGCGCCCUCCUCACCCUGGUCCUCACCCUGGUCCUCGGCCUGCUGCUGCUCGGGCUCCGCUUGUGGCUCCAGAGCCGCCGGAGGAGCCGGAGGAGGAAGAGCCGGGCGGAGGGCGGCGGCGGCCCGGCGGUGGCCUUCUUCCACCCGGACUGCAGCGCCGGAGGAGGCGGGGAGCGGGUCCUGUGGAGCUCGCUGAGGGUCCUCAUGCUCCGGUUCCCUGACGUGUCCUUCGUGGUUUACGCUGCUGAUCAGGGAGUGGCCGCUGAACAGAUUCUGGAGGGAGUCCGACAGCGUUUCAGUGUCACGCUGCCUCGACCAAUCACCUUCAUCUUCCUGCGUCACGGCGCGCUGGUGGAGGCGACCUCUUACCCUCACUUCACUCUGCUGGGCCAGAGCGCCGGCUCCAUGCUGCUCGGUGACAAGUCCAGGAAGAACCAGAGUGUUGCAGGAAAUAUGAAAUCUUUGUUUAUAAUGUUUCUGAGAGUUGUGUUUGUCUCUCUUUGUGUGUCUGUCUGUGUGUGUGUGUUAGGCUGGGAGGCUCUGACGGCCUUUGUUCCUGACCUCUACGUGGACUCGAUGGGCUUCGCCUUCACGCUGCCGAUCUUCCGCUACCUCGGCGGCUGCGCGGUGGCGUGCUACGUCCACUUUCCCACCGUCAGCACGGACAUGUUGUCUGUGGUCAGAGAGCCGAACCCCAGGUCCAACCCAGCCUUCCUCUCCCGGAGCCCGGUGCUGGGUGCGGUGAAGCUGGUGUACUACGGCUGCUUCGCUCUGCUCUACGGUCUGGCCGGCUCCUGCAGCCACGUCAUCAUGGUGAACUCCACCUGGACGCUGGGACACAUCCUGGCCCUGUGGCGCUCUCCCAGCCGGACCAGCGUCGUCUACCCGCCCUGCGACGUCAGGGCUUUCCUGGACGUACCGCUGGAGGACGAGGUGGAGGAGGGCUGGGUGGAGCUGGGGGAGGAGCUGGUGAGUGGAGAGGAGGAGGGGGGGGGGAGGAAGUGUCAGUCUGUGGUGUCAGUGGCUCAGUUCCGGCCGGAGAAGGACCACAGGCUGCAGAUCCAAGCGUUUAGCAAACUGUUGGACAGGAAAGGGGAGGGGCCUGGGGGCAGGGAGUCCCUGCGGCUCGUGCUGAUUGGUGGAUGCAGGAACCAGGAGGACGAGGACAGGGUGCUGAUGCUGCGGGGGUUCUGUGAGGAGCUGGGCGUGUCCGACCGGGUCGACUUCAAACUGAACGUCCCGUUUGAGGAGCUGCAGCGGGAGCUGGUGAGCGCCACCAUCGGCCUGCACACCAUGCGGAACGAGCACUUUGGCAUCGGUGUGGUGGAGUGCAUGGCUGCAGGCACCAUUGUGCUCGCCCACAAGUCCGGAGGUCCAGAGCUGGACAUAGUGGUGCCGUACGAGGGGGGACAGACGGGGUUCCUGGCCGACAGCGAGGACAGCUAUGCCGCCGCCAUGGAGACCAUCCUGGCGCUGGCCCCAGCAGACAAACUGGAGAUCCGGCGAAACGCCCGGCGCUCGGUGGAGCGCUUCUCCAACCGGGAGUUUGAGGCUUGUUUCCUCGCUGCUAUGGAGCCUCUGCUGAGUAAACUGGAGCGAUGAGGAGGAGCCAACGUGGCCUGUUGGUGUCCACUGGUGUCCACUGGUGUCCACUGGUGUCCACUGGUGUCCACCAAGGGGCAGCUCUUCAUUUGUUCUGUUUCUUAGGGUGAGGAUUAAAACAGACCAGGCUUCCAACUCUGCCAAUAAACUUUGACAUGUUGUCUCAUCCCCAUUAAAACAAAUAGAAAAGGACGUUGACAUGUUAGGACGAGUCCCUGCUGGACACUCUGAGAUUAAACUUCUGAUCCACUGUGAUAAGUCAAGAGAAAUCAGAACAACACAGGACGUCAGCAGUGAAACACGACGAUCAGAGACGAUGGAAUUCAACCAGCAGCCUUGAAAGCACUUAGUGAAGUCAAGUGAUGUUUGACUGUCACUCUCUGCUGAUUGGUUAACACAGGGGUCUUCAACGUUUUUCAGGCCAAGGACUCCAAAACUGGUGGAGAGAUGGAGCAGUUACCCCCUACUAUAUAUAUAUAUUGUAUAAAAUUGUGUUUUAUAUUAAACUGGGCCUAGUGCCAUGUAUAAAUAUAGCUACCCUGUUAUUGUGCAUUCAAUACUAAACUAUAUUAAAUUAAAUUAAAUUUGUUUUUAAAAUAAAGAAAAAAUUGUCUAAUCAACCAAAGAUUUCGCGACCCCCCCUGCAGUACCUCCGCGGACCCCCUAGGGGUCGUGGAACCCCCUAUUGAAGACCUCUGGGUUAACAGGUCAUCAGGUGAGGUUCAGGCUUCACUGACAUCAGUCUUGUUUUAAAGUCACUGUGAAUAAUCAGUCACCUGAAAGAGCAGCUGUGCUAAUAAAUGAUUAUUUAAACAAGGCCAAAAAUAUAAAACAAUUGAUGAUUCCAGCUUCAUAAACCUGCUCCACGUUAGCAGACGGGACACGGCCCAAACUAGAUAUUCAAUAAAUGUUUGUAAAGAUGCUCCUGAUUGGUUGAGAAUGUGUAUGGGAGGGACCUCGAUACCCCGGCUCCACCCCACGAUCAAUAGAGCGCUGGCUCCGACUGUAGAUGAUGUCAUAACCACAAGAUGGCAGCGUGGAAACAUGUCCUCAUCUUUAUUUACAAUCUAUAGUCUCACAUUAUAAUUUUUUUCAAGACUUGUAAAAACAAAACAUGUAUUGACAUCAUUUCUGCAUUAUACCAACAAAGAAAAUAAUGGAUAAUUAUUGAUUAAAUAAUUUAACAUUAUAAUCAGUAGCAGCUUUAUUGUGAAGGAGAUUGAUGUCGGGUGAUGGAGAAACUGAGUAAUGGGUUAAUUAUAAGAAGCUUUAUUUUGCAGGAGCCGUUUCUAAUGAUGUUCUGGUUUCACUGAGAAUAAGAAAUCCUGUAAUAGAUACACGACUAGAACUAGAUGAACUAGUUAUGUGCAGUGUAAUUUGAAUUAAGGCAGAGUUAGAGUUUAAACUCUGAGAAGCAAUCAUU